GUAGCAUUUCGUCGUGGCAGUACAAUCUUGAAAACCAACCAAAAGUUGAGAAGAAAAAGAAAAAAGUUUUCCAACUUGAUAAAAUUAAUAAAAAUGGAAGACAUGAGAAAAGUCUUCUCGGGGUUGGUUCUCUGUGUGAUUGUAUUGGCAUACCAGACAAGCGCACAAGAAACAAAAGGAAAGAACCUAAUCAAGAAGGUAUGCACAAUGGUUCCAAAUAGAGACCUAUGUGUGAAUGUCCUAUCAUCAGACCCGGAGCAAAGCCCUAACGCAGACCUCAAAGACUUGGCAAUCAUAUCCCUUAGGGUUGCUGCCAAUAACGCAUCUGGGAUCCUGGAAGAUACAAAAAUGCUCAUCGAUGACGACAACCUUGACCCAGACGUUCAACAAGGUUUGGCUGAUUGCAAGGAGACAAUCUCAGAUGCAGAGAGCCAACUGGAGGACAGCAUUGCUGCCUUGUUGGUUGAUUCUAACUCUGAUGCCCAAAUUUGGCUCAAAGCUGCUUUGGCUGCAAUCGACACUUGCGAUGCUUCCAUCCCUGGAGAUGAUGACAUUCUCUCCGUUAAAAGCGUUGUCUUCCGCAAGUUGUGCAACAUCGCCAUUGCCAUUAAUGGUCUCUUGAACAAACCUAGCUUACCCUUUAAAGUAUAAACACUUUCGUGUAACUCUUUCUUUUGUUUUGUAUGGCCAUCCGUGUCGAUCUUAAUAUCAAUUUUAAUUUCCGUAAUUUUUUUAUGGUAUUUAUACCAUUCUCUAAGUUUUUUUUUUUUUUUUUUUGUAACAUAAAAAGGAGGGUAUUUAUACUAUAUGAUAGGUCUUGCAUGCUAAUUGCAGUAA